AUGUUGGUAGAGAUGAAAAGCUUUAUUCCUUCUUCAUAUACUUUUGAAACAGAAAUCCAGAAGAUAAAGCAAGAACUUUUAACAAGUAAUUUAGACUGUAGUGCGAAAGAUGAAACAAAUGAACAGUAUCUUUAUGAAAUGGAGGACCUCAUCGACCAUUUGCCUAAACUACCUGAAAUUCAGCAGCAAAAACUAACUAUUCCUGAAUUCGACGAAAUUGAAGUCAAAGCAACUGACUCAGUAGAAAUUAAGAAAUUCAUACGUAAAGUAAAUUAUGAAUUUCUUGGUUUUCAUUGCAACCAUAAAGUUAUGGACAAAGAUUGCGACAUGGUUUAUAAAAAUAUUUCUGACCUUUACAAAUCCGAAGAAUUUAAGACAUACGAUAACUUUGUUUCAUUAGUUGCAAAAUGUGUAUGGCAGAUAAGAGAUAAAGAUAGAAGAGGUAAAGUAUGGAAUGAACAGAUAAAACCAGCAGCUUUUGAGUUAAAGAAAACCAUUGACGCCUUAGUUGUUCUAGCUGGUUUUAUUUCAAUGUAUAACGCAAAAACGAUGCCGCAAUGUUCAAAAUGUAAGGCAGCAAUAAGAAAAUAUAACUACUCAGUCAAAGAGAUAUAG